CCACCACAAGUUCCGACAAAACUUUAAACCCUAUCCAUUACUUUUCUCGAUUUCUGCAAAAUUUGUCCUCAACGACUCUAAUCGCAACCUCAAAUCUCCAUCAAAAAGAAGCGGCAAUUCUGUAUCUCUCUUCUCCGAAGUGAAACCAUUUGAUCGGCGAUGGCGGUGGGAUUCAGUCGAAUGUCAAAUAUACAUCUGUCAAGUGGUGCUGUGAGGUUUAGUUUUGCCAACAGUGAUAUUGUUGAUUCCAACCAGCAUAUAACCCUUCGCAGCGUCACCAAGAAGAAGUGCUGUUUGAGGCAUGUCUUCUCAGAAUACAAUAAACAUAUCCUUAGUCGUAGGUGGAUGGAAGUUAGAAAAUACCAGUCUCCCUUUCACAAAGCUCGAAGGAUGGUGUUCUUUGUCCCUUUUGCUUCCACAGAUGAUGUUAUAGCAGUAAAUGGUGCCCCACAAGCAAGUCCAGAUAGCAACAUGGAUGAGAUGAGGGCUAAGUUAAAUCAGUAUCUGCAAGUCGAAAAAGUUAGCAGUGGCCUUGUCCUGUCAAUCCAUGACGCAGCAAGGGCUAUUGAGUUGGCCGUUCGAGAACAUUGUUCAUCAUCAAAAACAUCAUGGUUUUCAAAGGCAUGGCUUGGUGUUGACAAAAAUGCAUGGGUUAAGAAGUUAUCUUAUCAGGCAGCUGUGAAUGCUUUAUUGCAAGCAGUAAUCGAGAUCUCAUCACGAGGAGAUAGACGAGACAUGGAUAUUAAUAUCUUUGUACAGAGGAGUUUACGGCGCCAAUGUGUGCACUUGGAGAAUAUAAUCCAUGAAGAGUUAUCUACCAAGCAACCUGAAGUUUAUGAGUGGUUUUGGUCCAGCCAGCAUGUAAUGGUGGUGACAACUUAUGUAGAUCUUUUUGAAAGGGAUCCUCGUUUUACAGAUGCUACAAUGCUAUGCUGGAAAGGGGAUUCAUCAGGUUUAGAUCCUGCUUCGGAUAUUUCACUGCUUACACUUGCCCUGAGCUGCCUUGCUGCCGUCAAAAAGCUUGGAUCAACAAAAAUCUCUUGUUCACAGUUCUUCACAAUGAUCCCUGAUACAGUUGGUAGAUUGAUGGAUAUGCUUCUCGAUUUUGUUCCAAUACAAAAAGCUUAUCAUUCAAUGAAAGAUAUUGGGCUGUGCAGUGAAUUUCUUUUUCAUUUUGGUCCAAGAGCUGCUAAAGUUAAAUUUAGAAAUGAUAAUGGAGCUGAAGAGAUAGCAUUUUGGAUUGAUCUUAUACAGAUUCAGUUGCAACGGGCUAUUGAUAGGGAAAAGAUAUGGUCAAGGCUGACAACAUGUGAAUGUAUUGAGGUUUUGGAGAAGGACUUGACAAUAUUUGGAUUCUUUAUUGCACUGGGCAGGAGCACCCAAUCAUUCUUGUCUGCAAAUGGUGUUUCUGCAAAAGACGACCAGGUUUCAGGCAUCAUAAGGUAUCUGAUCGGAGGAAGUGUGCUAUACUAUCCUCAGUUGUCAUCCAUUAGUUCGUAUCAACUGUUUGUGGAGGUAGUUUGUGAAGAGUUGGAGUGGCUUCCUUUCUACCAGAGUAAUGUGACAGAUGCGAAGGCAGCUGAAAAUAAGGGUAAACAAGAAGGAAUGCCUCGUGAGGAAGCCAUUUCCAUAGUAUUAGAUGUGUGCUCAUACUGGAUGACAAGCUUUAUUAAAUACAGCACAUGGCUUGAGAAUCCAUCAAACAUAAAAGCUGCAAAGUUUCUUUCUAUUGGGCAUAGCAAGCUGAUUGAAUGUAUGAAGGAAGUUCGGAUACCAAAGAAUGGAAGGAUAAAUUAUAUUGUAAAAGAUAAAGGUAACCUGGGAUCUGAAACUCGUUCACGUACUGGUACGGAGCUGGACUCUUUUGAUAAGGCACUUGAGAGUGUCGAAGAAGCUCUUAUUAGAUUAGAGGAUUUGCUGCAAGAGCUACAUAUUUCUAACUCAAACUCAGGAAAGGAACAUUUACAAGCUGCCUGUUCUGAUCUCGAGAGAAUAAGAAAGCUUAAAAAAGAGGCUGAAUUUCUUGAGGCAUCGUUUAGAGCAAAGGCAGCUUCUCUGGAUCAGGUGGAUGCCGAUGAACGUUCAACAUCUUCUGCUAGUCAGCAGGGAUGGUUUUCAACUCAGGGUGGAAAAACAUCUAAUGAGAGUGAAUCAGCUCGGAAAACUGUAGAGAGGCUGGGCACUAAACCUCACAGUUUUUGGAGUUUUCUGGUGCAAACUUCCACCAAAAAUGCUGGACCUGGAAUUUCAACAGUGGAUCAAAAUGUUAUGUCUUCUGCAGUGGACAGUCAAGAAACAGAGUUAAAUGAGAUACGCCGCUUUGAACUCUUGAGGCGUGAGCUAAUUCAACUUGAGAAGAAGGUUCAAAGAAGUACCAGUGACUCUCAAAAUGAAGAGGACUAUGAACUUGAAAAUGAAGACAAAAUGGUUUCUGCUGUAGGGAAUCACGUAGUAGUUCAUGAACAGAAGAACAAUAAUGUCAUUUCUAAGUCAAUUCAAAAGCUCAAAGAGACUAGUACGGAUGUUUGGCAAGGAACUCAGCUCUUAGCCAUAGAUGUUGCUGCCGCGGCAGGAUUACUCAAAAGGGCUCUUACUGGUGAUGAACUCACGGAGAAGGAAAAGAAGGCUCUCCGAAGAACUCUUACUGAUAUGGCAUCAGUUGUUCCCAUUGGAAUUCUCAUGCUUCUUCCUGUUACUGCUGUUGGACAUGCAGCGAUGUUGGCUGCCAUUCAAAGAUAUGUACCUGCUUUGAUACCAUCCACUUAUGGUCCAGAGAGGCUGGAUCUGUUAAGGCAGCUUGAGAAAGUGAAAGAGAUGGAGACUGCUGAUAAUGGCUGUGACGAAAUGACAGAAGCAAUUAGCUCAAGCAGCAGCAAUCCACAAUAAUUUCAUUUGCUGAUAUUAAAUCAGCAAUAUGAUGAUACGUACUGGAAAUUGUACAAAUCAAGAUUGACCAUUUCAUAUAGAUGAUCAUAGAGAAAGUGCAUGGAAUUCAUUGAGUACAGCAUUACCGAGGGGCUGAACGAAGUCUGAAACGAUGCUUCUUGUGCAUCAUAUAUAGAUUGAUCAUUUGUUGAGUACUGUUGCAUUAGAGGAAUGAACUCUACAUGCCUCGAGUUAAUUGUGCCUAGUGAAAGGAAACUUCUUCUUAGUCUUCUUCUUUUUUUCUUUUUCCUGUUCAUUACAGAACUACACGUAAAUUUGUACCUGUUGUUGCACUUGUAAUUUUUUGUACAUAGAUGCAUUUCGUAUAAAUUAGUUAGUACGAUAAUAAUUGUUGUUGACGCCCAAUCUCAAUUUUUUUUA